UGCCUCCGCCUCGCGUGGCAGCUUGGGGCCAGCUGCGUGUAGUGCACUUUUCUUCCGUCGUGCGCGCGCUGCCUCCCCCGCUGGCCUCACCCUCACCACCUGCUGCAGCAGCAAAGUAGUACGUACAAGUCACAGAGCCAGACACGCGCGGCGCGGCCAUGGCGUCGUCCACCUCCGCGACGUCGGGCGGCGACGAGUGCCCGCGCGCGCCUACAAGCGACGCGUCCGCUGCGGCGGGGACAGCGCCGCUGACGCUGCCGCAGGCGCACGUGGAGUGGGCCGCCUCGAUGCAGGCCUACUACGCCGCCGGUGGGCAGCCUUACGCCUGGCACACCGCGCAGCAGCACCUGAUGGCGGCGGCCGCAGCCGCGGCGGGGGCACCGUACGGGACGCCGGUGCCGUUCCACCCCGCGUACUACGCCACGCACGCGUCAAUGGCCACGGUGAACGCUGGACACCCUCCCUCGAUCGUUUCAUUUUCGAGUGUGCCCUACCCUAGUGCUGAGCCGGUGGCGGUGGCGGAAGGGAAGGGCAAGAGGAAGAGCCCUGGCGCCCCUUCUGUUGGUUGCACUUCCGGAAGUGCCGGUGGAAGCGAGAACUCAUCAGAUAAAAGAGAUGCUAGUGCUCAUCAUAAGGUAUUACCUUCUGUAAAGAGGAGAAAGUCCAGCGGCGCCAACGUACAAGGUGAGCCAUCACAGGCUGCAACAGGUCAAGAUGCUGCAGCUGAGUCCCGGAUCACAGCAAAAAAGAGGUCUGCAGCAAAACUCUCCAUUUCGACACCUGAGAUGGCUGCAACCUCCAAUGUCAGACCCAACUUGAACAUUGGGAUGGAACUUUGGAGUGAUUCUCCAGUUAAAGCAGAGACCUCUGGACAGGGUGAAAUAUAUGCUGCUGCGCCUUCCCAGCUUGACAGCGCUUUGUCGAUGAUGGAUGAGCGAGAACUGAAAAGGGAGAGAAGAAAACAAUCUAACAGAGAGUCAGCUAGGAGAUCAAGAUUGCGCAAGCAGCAAGAAUGUGAGGAACUAGCGCAGAAGGUAACUGACCUUACCGCCAUUAACGGCACACUCAGAUCAGAACUCGACGAGCUUAAGAAGGCCUGUGAAGACAUGGAAGCAGAGAAUUCACAACUAAUGGGUGAAUUGGAACAGUUCGAGGCACCUAGUGUUGUAACAACUUUGAGCAUCCAGAUUGACACAUCAAAGGCACAUCAUAGAAGCAGUGACCAGCAUGGUAAUAGAAAUAACACUGAUAGCAAGGUGUAGUUCGAGUAGCAUCCAUGAACUAGGUUUUUAGCUCUAGGUAUAAGGCUAAAAGAAGAGAUGAGGUGGUUAAUAUUUAACUGCACCAUCGCCCAUCACCAUCAGUCUUUUUGUCCUCCGUGGAACAUCAACCGUACUUUGUUUUUACCACCGUUCUAAAGCUACUCACAAGCAUUUUGAUACCAACAGAGUCUACAGCCUGUGUAUAGUAGCCAUGUAUAUUGUAUCACUUUUUUUAAAAAAGGUUGUAUGAUGUAUCAGUUAUGGGCUUAUGGCUGCCUGCUGCGAAAUGUGAGCGAAUGAACUUCUUUGUAAUUACCAGACUAUCAGUUGUGGGCAUGUGCCUGCCUGUAGCCCUGUACAGGAAUACUUGUAAAAACGAUUGACAGAAACUUGUUCAUUUGGUAGCUAUAAGGUAUCAAUUACAUUUUAACGCUGUAACGCUAUCA